AUGGUAAGCACAACUGCAAGAUAUCCAAUAUAUACAGAUCACGCUAAUUAUUCAACUGUUACAUCAACAGCUUGGUACCAGAGAGAAUCCACUACCACUAGAUACCCUACAAAGUCAUCAACUCAAUGGUAUACUGAAUAUCAAACUUCUACAUCAACACCUUGGUAUCAGAGAGAUUCCACCACCACUAGGUACCUUACAAAGUCAUCAACUCAAUGGUAUCCAUGGUAUACUGAAUAUCAAACUUCUACGUCAACACAUUGGCACCAGAGAGAAUCCACUACCACUAGAUACCCUACAAAGUCAUCAACUCAAUGGUAUACUGAAUAUCAAACUUCUACAUCAACACCUUGGUACCAGAGAGAUUCCACCACCACUAGGUACCCUACAAAGUCAUCAACUCAAUGGUAUCCAUGGUAUACUGAAUAUCAAACUUCUACAUCAACACCUUGGUACCAGAGAGAAUCCACCACCACUAGAUACCCUACACAGUCAUCAACACCUUGGUACCAGAGAGAAUCCACCACCACUAGAUACCCUACACAGUCAUCAACUCAACGGUAUCCAUGGUAUACUGAAUAUCAAACUUCUACAUCAACACCUUGGUACCAGAGAGAAUCCACCACCACUAGAUACCCUACACAGUCAUCAACUCAACGGUAUCCAUGGUAUACUGAAUAUCAAAAUUCUACAUCAACACCUGUAGCUGCUACUGAAGACUUUUAUUGGACAUCGACUUCGUCACAAUAUCCAAAUGUGACUUGGCCUUCUUCUUACAUAGCAGUCAAACCGUUCACAACCAUUAGUAUACCUCGAGCAAAAGAUGUUGUGUUACAAGGUACUUCGGAACCUAGUGAUUUCUCAGUUGAGUUUAACUGUGGUUCAAGUAUGAUGCAUUAUGUCUCAAUCAAUGUAACUAAUAUGACUUUGACCGUCGAUUCAACAGGAGAUUGUUCUAUUACUAUUCGUGCAUACGAAUUUCGAAUCAUUCAGAUUGGAGCUGUCGUUAGUCUUACAACAUCUGACUAUUUGAAAGGUAAUCAAUUAACAAUUGAAACAAGUGAUGCAUCUCAAAUUACAUUGAACAAUAUCACGUAUGAGGUUGUUGAAGUUCUCCUGUUAAAAAGUAGUAAUGUAACACUUUCGGGCUCAACUCAACAACUUCAGGUUAUCCAACUAGGCCAAGGAACUUUUGACUCUCGUUCCCUUUCAACUGAUCAUGCUACACUGUUCACAAAUAACUAUGGUUUGGUAAAAAUCAAAUCUAAUAAUUAUCUCUCAUUAUCAGUCGGUAGAAUGGGUAAUAUUAUUUGGUGUUCACCUUAUGGAGAUAUUAAAACAGAACGCACAAUGAACUACAAUUCGCGUAAUAUUGUUUAUCAUUGUGAUUGA